UGCAGUGAUCCCAAGGCAAAGAAAAACGAUGGCAAGUUACGAUUGCGAUACAAAGCAUCGGAAGGGGAUCAAAUGCUUCUCGAUGCAUUCAUACGUGAACCAGCUGUGGAGCCGUAUAAGGCCUACUUCAGCCUAGCAGAUUACAGAUAUGCCGGUACAGCUGUGUUCCUCAGAGCCCUAAAAUCACACGCACGGGGUUUCGCUUCAGACAGGAGGCUAUUGCACAACCCACCGCGGUGAGGUACAACAUCGAUCUGACCAAAGGGGCUAAGAAACACCAGGUAGAAGGCCGGGUUAUAUUUAUGGAAUGGCCCGGUCUGUCACUCCUGCAUACAUACGCACCGAACAAUGGCGGUAGCGAGAUAUCGUGGCUCAAACGGAGGACUUGGGAUGCGGAUGUGAAGCGGUUUUUAUCAGAUGAUGUGCACGAAGGGAAGAAUCUGAUCUGGUGUGGGGAUCUCAAUGUGUCACCAACCGACAGCGAUCUGAGCCACCCAGAGUUCUUCAGGCGACAGUUUCAUGGAGAGCAGAAGGACAGAAAGCGAUUCCCAGAAUACGUCGGACAGGCAGGCUGCACAGAUAGGGAACGCGAACUCUUCCAAGAAAUCCUAGACACCGCAAAAAUGGUUGAUCUGUACCGUUACAAGCAUCCCUCAAACACCGGUGGAAUCCAAGAUCCUCUGUAUAGUUGGAGAGGGGGUGAAGGCAAAUACCACUGCAAGGGUAUGAGAAUAGACCACUUCAUAGGAACUACAAAUUUACUAGAGCGCAUAGAAGAUGUGAGUAUUGAAGGAAGAGGCACACAACGUUUAGGAUUCAUAGGCUCGGACCAUUCUCCUAUAUCUAUACAUAUAAGAGGUGCGGAUGGAGAUCCAAAAACAGGGAAAGAAGAGGAUACCUCUGCGAAAGAUGAACAGAUAACACAUGCUAAGGAGAGUGAACACUUGGGGCUUCACCAAGAUCCUCUGUAAAUAAGCAAUCCGAGAGGGACGCCACAACCUUGCGAUACUCAGUCCGGUUUUUAGAGAACAGAAGACGAAGGUGAUAGUCUGCAUCAGACAACGGGUAAAGUGGGAACUUCAAAAGUUAAUAAACUCGCUAGAACAAUGGCUCUGCUGAUACCUUCUCAAUAAGAGACAUGCUGUAUAGAUACAACCGUGUCUGUGGGUUCGCAACAUAACCAACUUGUUGUGCAUCAGGUUAAAUGAUCCUUUAUGGGC